UUCCAGCCAGAAACAGCUAUUUUUCCUCUAAAUAGUUGGCAACAGUGUGGCAAACAGAGACUAAAUAAAUUUUAAAAGUAAAUUAAAUAGUACAAUUUAUAAUUCGGAUAUCCAAAUCAUGUGGUCAUCAGACGAGCUCUUGUUUCGCAACUUUCAACAGAUCAAAAACCUUAAAUUCGACGAUGAGAAAGUCUCCACGAUAAGCUCCAGAGAGCAGCAAAAAACUGAAGACUCGGUGGAAAAAUGCUACGAUCGAUUCGAGCAAACACAAUUUCUGAAUCCACGUGUCUCGCAACUCAAACGCAUUGAGCAUCACAAAUAUCUGGAUUCAAUGUUGCGCACACUGCCAUCACACUAUCAAUGCCUGGACAGCAGUCGUCCCUGGUGUGUCUAUUGGAUCCUACAGUCAGCGCAAUUGCUAAGCUUUACGUUUGAUGAGCAGACGCUGAACGGUGUCGUGCAGUUUCUUACCAAAUGCCGUGCACCCACGGGAGGAUUUGGCGGCGGACCGGGACAAUAUGCCCACCUGGCGCCCACAUACGCUGCCGUUAACAGUCUCUGUAUUAUUGGCACCAAGGAAGCAUAUCGCGCCAUCGACCGGGAUUCACUUAUAAAGUUCUUGUUCAGUGUACGCGAUGCGGACGGCUCCUUUCGUCUGCAUGUCGACGGGGAAACGGAUGUGCGAGGCGCAUAUUGUGCCAUCUCCUGUGCAAAGCUGGUCAAUAUACCUGAGCCUGUGCUUAAGGAUUUGUUUGCUGGCUCUGGGGACUGGAUUGCCAGUUGCCAGACAUACGAAGGCGGCUUUGGUGGUGCUCCCGACUUGGAAGCUCAUGGUGGCUAUACGUUUUGUGGCAUUGCUAGCCUGGCUUUGCUCAACGAGGCGGACAAGUGCGACAAGAAGGCAUUGCUUCAGUGGACACUGCGUCGUCAGAUGAGCUACGAAGGCGGCUUUCAAGGACGCACCAAUAAGCUGGUAGAUGGAUGCUAUUCAUUUUGGGUAGGAGCUACAAUUCCUAUAACGCAAGCAACACUAGUUGGCUCAGACAAAAGCAUGGAGCAGACAUUUUUCGAUAUCGAAGCACUACAGGAAUACAUUUUACUCUGUUGUCAAAAAGCAAAUGGUGGCCUUAUUGACAAGCCCGGCAAGCCCCAAGAUCUUUAUCACACCUGUUACACACUGAGCGGCGUUUCUAUUGCACAGCACUCGGAGUCUGCGCAAAAUCCGCAGGUGCUUGGCGACAUGAUCAACGAGCUGUUACCCACCCAUCCGCUCUUUAAUAUACCUCCGAAGUCUGUGGCGGCAGCAUUAAGCUAUUUUUCAAACAAUUCCAACUCUGAUGGCAAACUUUAGUACUUGGACAGCAUUAGAUCAGUACGGGCUACGGAUAAUGUACAUAUAUGUAUAAAGAUAGCUGGCAAACAAAUCUUUUAAACUUGUACACUUUUCAAACUAAAUUUUCUUAAUGCAAAUUA